GGGAGGAGGGGGUGUGGCGGAAACUGCCGAGCUUUCCCGAAGGCGGCUGCGUCCGAGUUGCCCGGAUGUAGUUGGUGGAGCGGCGGCGGCUGUAGCAGCGGCAGGAGGCGGCGAGAAGGACCCGGCGGCGGCGGAGCAGGAGGAGGGAAGGUGCUGGAGGCGUUCGCUCUCCGCGGGGACCGGAACACGGCCUCUCACCCCCUCCCCCCGGCUCGCGCUGCCGCCCCGUAGUUGGCACCUCUGCCCCAGCCGACCCUACGCGGUGGUGACGGAGGGAGAUGGCCCGGGACCGCCGGCGCCAGUAACGGGGAGGUGCCGCGAGCCGCCGAGGGUGCGCUGAGACCUGGUGCCGGGGCUGCCCGCCGUCCGCCCGCCGCCCGCGCGCCCGCCCGCCCGCCUGCCUGCCUCGCGGCCGCUCUCCCCCUCCCCGACACACACACACAGCCGGGCAUUGAUGGUAAUGUAUGCGAGGAAACAGCAGAGACUCAGUGAUGGCUGUCACGACCGGAGAGGGGACUCUCAGCCUUUCCAGGCACUUAAGUAUUCUUCAAAGAGUCACCCCAGUAGUGGUGAUCACAGACAUGAAAAGAUGCGAGACGCCGCAGAUCCUUCACCACCAAACAAAAUGUUGCGGAGAUCUAAUAGUCCUGAAAACAAAUACAGUGACAGCACAGGUCACAACAAGGCCAAAAACGUGCACACUCAGAGAGUUAGAGAAAGGGACGGUGGGACCAGUUACUCUCCACAAGAAAACUCACACAACCACAGUGCACUUCAUAGUUCAAAUUCACAUUCUUCUAAUCCAAGCAAUAAUCCAAGCAAAACUUCAGAUGCACCUUAUGAUUCUGCAGAUGAUUGGUCUGAGCACAUUAGCUCAUCUGGAAAAAAAUACUACUACAAUUGUCGCACAGAAGUUUCACAGUGGGAGAAACCAAAAGAGUGGCUUGAAAGAGAACAGAGACAAAAAGAAGCAAAUAAGUUGGCAGUUAAUAGUUUCCCAAAAGACAGGGAUUACAGAAGAGAGGUGAUGCAAGCAACAGCCACUAGUGGGUUCACCAGUGGAAUGGAAGACAAGCAUUCCAGCGAUGCCAGUAGUUUGCUCCCACAGAAUAUUUUGUCUCAGACAAGCAGACACAAUGACAAAGACUACAGACUGCCAAGAGCAGAGACUCACAGUAGCUCUACGCCAGUACAGCACCCCAUCAAACCAGUGGUUCAUCCAACCGCUACCCCAAGCACUGUUCCNUCUAGUCCAUUUACGCUUCAGUCUGAUCACCAGCCAAAGAAAUCAUUUGAUGCUAAUGGAGCAUCUACUUUAUCCAAACUGCCUACACCCACAGCUUCUCUCCCUGCACAGAAAACAGAGAGAAAAGAAUCUGCUCCAGGAGACAAAUCAAUAUCACAUUCUUGCACAACUCCUUCCACAUCUUCAGCCUCUGGCCUGAACCCUACAUCUGCGCCUCCAACAUCUGCUUCAGCAGUACCUGUUUCUCCCGUUCCACAAUCAACAAUACCUCCAUUACUUCAGGACCCAAAUCUUUUUAGACAGUUGCUUCCUGCUUUGCAAGCCACGCUACAGCUUAAUAAUUCUAAUGUGGACAUAUCCAAAAUAAAUGAAGUUCUUACAGCAGCUGUAACACAAGCUUCCCUGCAGUCUAUCAUCCACAAGUUUCUUACUGCUGGACCAUCUGCUUUCAACAUCACCUCCUAUGUGUCUCCAAGAAUAAGCACACCUCAAACUAAUACAGUCCCUAUGAAACCUUUGAUUAGUACUCCACCUGUUUCAUCCCAGCCAAAGGUUAGUACUCCAGUAGUUAAGCAAGGACCAGUGUCACAUUCGGCUACACAGCAGCCUGUAACUGCUGACAAGCAGCAGAGUCACGAUCCUGUUUCUCCACGAAGUCUUCAGCGCUUAAGUAGCCAGAGAAGUCCAUCACCUGGUCCAAAUCAUACUUGUAGUAGUAAUGCAUCCACUGCAGCUGUUGUACCACAGAAUGCAUCUGCUAGACCUGCGUGCUCAUUAACACCCACUCUAGCAGCACACUUCAAUGAUAAUCUCAUAAAGCAUGUUCAAGGGUGGCCUGCAGACCAUGCAGAGAAACAGGCAUCAAGAUUGCGUGAAGAAGCCCAUAAUAUGGGAAGUGUACACAUGUCAGAAAUAUGUACUGAGUUAAAAAAUUUGAGAUCAUUAGUUCGAGUAUGUGAAAUUCAAGCAACUUUGCGAGAGCAGAGGAUACUAUUUUUGAGACAACAAAUUAAGGAACUCGAAAAGCUAAAAAAUCAGAAUUCCUUCAUGGUUUGAAGCUGUGAAUAAUUGCACAUGAUCUCAUAGAGGAACUGUAAAUCUACUGCCCAGCCAUAACAUUUUGAGCUGCAUUUAAGUAGACUAUGGACCGUUAAGCUGGGCAAAUGAAAUGACAAGGGGACGGGGNCUGUGAGAGUCAAUUCAGGGGAAAGAUACAAGAUUGAUUUGUAAAACCCUUGAAAUGUAGAUUUCUUGUAGAUGUAUCUUCACGUUGUAAAUAUGUUUUGUAGAGUGAAGCCAUGGGAAGCCAUGUGUAACAGAGCUUAGACAUCUGAAACUAAUCAAUGCUGAGGUGGCUAAAUACCUAGCCUUUUACAUGGAAACCUGUCUGCAAAAUUAGCUUUUUUUAAAAAAAGAAAAAGAAAAAAUUGGGGGGGGGUUAAUUUAUCAUUUAGAAAUCUUGCAUUUUCAAAAAUGCAGUGCAAGCGCCAGGUGAUCUGUGUCUGCGGAUACGAUUGUGAACCUUAGGAGCAGUGUACAAAUAUCAUGAGACAACUGAGCAGCACUUGCAUCUCAUCAAGAGCAGUGCUGCUCCAUUUGUUUUGCAAAGAUAUGUUUUCAUUUCCUGUAUGUUCCAUUCCCUCUGAAGUCCCUUGGCCUGAUUUUAUCCAUUUUUUUUAAGGUGCCCCCUUUCCUUUCUUGGGGCACUGUUGCUGUGGCACUUUUCUAUAACCUUGUCAUUCCUAUGUACAGUAGCUGGAAGUCNCAGUGAGCAAGCAUAACCCACGUUUGUAUAAAUUAUUGAAAUCCAUUUUCACCUAAGAAUGGACUUAAGAAGUACUGCUGGGCAAGUGUGCUGAAAGUGCAUUAACUGCUCAAAUACAAGGAAGUGGCCCAAUGAACAUGGUUGUGGGAGGGGAAAGGAGAAACAAAGCUAGUCAGAUGUGAAUUGUAUCUGUUGUAAUAAACAUGUUUAAACAAACACAUUCUGUUACUAUUUUUUCCCUUCGGCCGGUACAUAUUAGAAUUUGAACUACAUGAGGAUUCUUUAUCAAAACGAUUCUUGUUGAAUAUAUCUUAUUACAAGUAAUAAUUCCUUCUAGGGAGGUUUUGUUUAAAGUACAUUAACAUAAUUGUGUAAAAGAUAUUUAAUGAAAGUGAAAUUCAACAAGAAUGAGGGAGCACUUCCUAAGUGGCAUCAUUUGUUCAACUUGGUUUACCUGUCUAGCUCUUUGACACUUCAUUUUGAAGGAUGUCUGUGUUGUACUUAACUUUUCAAGUCUGGUGCUGACUGUUCUUCCUAACAUCACAAAACAGUUUGUGUCAUUGAGUUACUUGCUGUACCCAGAAACAGUGGGACAUCUCAGCUUUGUAUAGUGUUUCCUAAAGUAUAUUAAAAUAAAAAAAGAGACGAUUGCUACUA